UUCUACAGACUUCCUCGACCAGAUACGUCGGGUUUUCGCGCGCGUACAGACCGUCCUCGAGAGCUCGAGGCAGGCUCGAUUUUCUUCAUCACAUCACAUCCCGGGGUACGUAAAGAAUCGCGUACGGCUAACAUCACCCGCUACAAAGGAGCACGCUCCUCGUACACAAAAAUGUAGCAACAGCAACAGCAAAAAAAACACCAAAAGGAUAUCGAAUGUGUGUGAAGUUCAAGAAUUCAAGCAUUGUCUUCUCGCCUUUUGAAAUAAAUCAUUCUCCCUUAAAAAGUGAGUGUAAUUAAACAAAAAAUUGUUAUAAUACCAUCCUAAACCUACAAACCCACGCAGUGCUUAAUGUCAAUUCGCACCCGCGCGAGCAGAGUGAGCGCAGACAGAGGAGGAUCGUUAUCAUUGAGGUGAAGCGGAAUUCGGAGCAAUGGAAACUGGGUCCGCUCGGUGGUGCUGCUGAAGGUAAAUUCUCGUUCCACCUCCAAUGCGUUCCGAUCGAUCUUUGCAGGAGAAAUGCUGUGUGCAGUACGUGUAUGAGGCGAGUGCAAUUAAAGAAUCUUGGGCUGAAACUUGGUCAGGAAUAAACCAAACGGAUCGGUUAGUGCGAGUGAAAAGAAAGGAGAAAGAGUGAGUCAGCGAGGAGAGAAGUACACAUUUCCCUCAUUUUCCUUUUUUUGAGCACACACAUGUGUGCCUGAUGUGUUUAUACUGUAAAAGAAGAAGAGCGUGAUCUCGUUUCCUCCCCCCCCUACCCAUUUGCCUCGCUUUCGAUCUGAUUGAUCGAUGAUUGACAGAGCCGCAGACAAGGUGGGCUCCACGUGCCGAGUGACAAGUGUUUGCGUGUGUAGAACACGUGUGCGUUCUAAAGUGCCGGUCCCGUAUUUAUUUCAAAAUUUCUUUCGUUUUGGCUUUGACGAAAGGAGCGUAAAGCAGAGUGAAACAUAAUCAUUCGGAAUAAAAAUCUAUACAGUGAAUUUAAAUAAAAACCCGCGCAAGGCUACACGCGAGCGUUGUCCCGAAGUGCUCGUGCAAGUGUGCUAAUCAGUGUGUCUAAGUGUCGUGUGUCGUGUGUGUGUGUUCGUUGUUCUGUGUUUGUCUGAGCCGGGGUUAAUCAUGAAAUCAUCCAUGGCGAUUACGAAAAGUGCGGCCUUUCGGUUUCUGCUGCUUCUGCAUUUAUUUUUGAAAGUGAAAAUGUGUGUCGGCUUCGUCGAUGCGGCGUCGGCGGUCGGGGCCGCCGGUGACAGUGACAUUAAUUAUGACGACGACAGUGACGAGUGGCUGGGUGUGGCGGGCGGUGGAGAGGGGACGGCAAAUCGGGUCGCCUGGUCCGUACCGUCCUCCUCCUCCUCCGCCUCUGCCAGCAACAUUCCGCCGGCGCCGGCCAAUUUAAUGCGCUGGGAGCCUGGCCGCGACCCCCCGGCAGCGGGCCGGUACCGCAUGCAUCACGUUCGGCAUGAGCAGCACUACUUGAAACAGCGGCCAGCAAAGUUGCCAAAUCCUUCGACGGAAUCGACGCUGGUGGCCGCCGCCGAACGGGACCCGUACCGGGCGCAUACCGUGACAGGGGCAGAUCAGCAGCAGCAGCAGCAGCAGCAAAAAGCGCAACAUCACAGUCAUCAUCAUCAUCACCAUCAUCACCAGCAGCAGCAGCAUCCUCGCUCGCAUCAUGCGCAGCAUUACAAGCACCAUCGGAAAACGGGUGCCGAUGGUUCGGAGGAGGAAGUGGGCCCGAUCAUCGGUUCGUCACGCUCCUUCUCGAACGAGCGGAGGCAUUGGUUCGAGCAGGGAAGCUUCAAGGAUGCGUGGAACAGUAUGAGUGGAACCGGGCGUGAUGAUCGUCAGGUAGCAGCGAUCAACAGGAAGCGAUCAGCCUCAUCCUUCCACUCACUUUCCUCCAACGCUCUACCAGACGCGUCAGGAUCAAGAAGCUCCCAUGCGGUGUCCUCACGCGAUCGCACCUCAAAGCAGUCGUCCCAGAAAUCCUCCUCAUCAUCAUCCAUCAGUCCUGGCAGCAAGAACUACUUCGAGCAAUUACUGAACAACUAUAAAAACAGUUCACCUUACUACAAAGAGUUGCACCAGGCGUCGAAAACUCCACAAACGAAAGCGCUGCCAUCGAGCAACAGACGCAAUCAGCGAAGUUCCGCUGAGGUAACGAAAUCGAAAGCCUCACAGCAGCAGCAGCAGCAACAGCAAGGCAUCGAUGGUGACCUCGACUAUCUGUACGACGACGAGACGGAGGAGAGCGUGCAGAAUGAUGCACCGGUCUCUGGCGGCACAAUGUCUACGAGUACGAGAGCUCCAGCAAGUACUACGACCAGCACCACCACGACGACGACGUCGACCACACCGAGAGCAAUCCUGUCUGCGAGCAGCGAUUCCGACGAAGCGAGUGGCGGUGGCUCGAACGAUGGCAGUGCAGCAGAUCCCAGCUACAGCUCGUACUACCAGAAAGCGUACGCAAUCCACUCGAACCCACGGCGCAACGGCAACAAUCGGUACAACUCGCUUACAAGGACGGCAGCAGCCUCACCGACGGCGGUAAACCAUCACAGCAAGCGCCCGCACUUCGAUAGGAUUGAUCCAGCCAAGCAAGUGGCCUAUCCCGGUAGAUAUCAAUCGUUCACCGAUUACAAGCAGGCAAACUUUGGCACGAAAGAUGCAGUCGAACGGUCCUACAGUGCGUACAGCAACAGUCAGCACGAACGACACCAGGCAAAACAGCACAUGGAGCGCAUGAUACGGGAAGGCAUGUGCAAGGUACCGAGGCCGAGGAUUGUCCCCGCGUCCAACGACCGUACGAAGCUGUUUACGCCCCAGUGUACGAUACUGCAUCGCUGCGAGGAUGAUACCGGGUGCUGUGGCCCAACGCAAACCUGCGCGCCCAAAACGACUAGCGAAGUUCAGCUGUACUUCUAUGUGAGUAGUGACUCCUACGUGCAAAACGUAGGACAACGACAGCAGAACACGAUUGCCCUUACCUUCAGCAACCACACAGAGUGCCAUUGCGUACAGCGCAGCAGUAGUAGUAGCGUCAGAAUGCAGAGCCACAACUUGCUGGAGCACAGUGCUGAAGGAAGCGAAGGAACGGGUGGUAGUAGUAGUAGCAGCAGCAGCUGCACCUGUCCUGGACCCUUCAAAUCAGUCAACGACGGCACAUUGCCGUGCUAUUGCGACUGUUUGUCCAGCGAUCAGGUCUGCGUUCGGUUUAAGGAGGGUUUUGAGAGCUUUUCCAUGGAAACGCGCAAAUGCAUCCGAAGUAAAAGGUGUACCGUUCCGCAGUGCGAGUACGGCUUGUACAACCCGCACGAGGGCAGAUGUCCGAAGAAAAGUGAUCGCAUCAACGAACAGUUCUCGCUGUACCGGUGAAGGGAAUCAACCAGCAGAGAGCUCGCGUACCAUCAAAACACGUUACCAAAACACAUUGGAACUAACAUCACGCCUCCCAGUAUCACCGAAUCGAAGCGAGACGUGCAGGCGUGAUAACACGGGAAGGAGAACCCUUGUUUUGUUCUUAUUGCAAGACAGUGCACAGAUCUUUGAGUGAAACAGACGAGAAAAAGGGCGAUGCAGAGAGCGAGAGCGAAACUUGAGUAGGAAUUAAGGUGGUUAUUCAGCGCUAUUUCCACAAGGUGUAUUAUUAUCCUGAUGACUACAGCAACAGCCCUCUGCGCUGUGCGGUCCCCUCCUCCUGCCAUGUUUAGCCAAUAUAUCGUAAAAUUAGCGUUUAGUUUAGUCGCAAACGUCACAGCGCCCACAGAGCACCCUGCAGCUGCCCUCCCUCGCGCGCUGAUGGGAUUUUGCUGGUUUAUGGGAGAAUAUGUAAUCGACAAUCUUCGAAAAUCCACUUAGAGCCUUCCCCAAGUCGUGCAACAUUUUGCGCUGACAUUAUUCGUUGAGUUUAGUGGCCUACUAGUAGAGUAUAUUGGAGCGCGUGUUACAGUGGUAGUGUUUGAGUUUAGCCUGUUAGCCGUGUUUUAGAUGAGUAUGUUGUACAUAUAAGCAGGAAGCAGCCAGAUUAGGGAAGCGAGCAAAAGAGAGAUAGUGUGUGUGUGUUUUUGUAAAAGAGUUCAUCGUUUUUCCCGUGUCUAUCAUCUUCCAUCCUUCUAUUUAAUCCUGUUGCUCGCAUUAUGAUGGGGCCCCAACUGGCGACCAAGUUGGGACCUGUGCUUACUUCGCAUCGACAAACUGCAUCGAGCUUAUUCCAAACGUACGCCCUCCUGCCUCCCGCAGUCCAAUCUUACAUUGCAAAGCCUCUCUCCAACGCCCCUACAGAUAAUCGAUGGCAAACAGUAUAAAUAUAUCUAUAAUAGUGGUACGACUCCAGCGAGCGGAUACGGCGCUCGACGUAGAAUAAAAUGGCAAGUGCAAGAACAGAAACAGAAAAACGUUGCGACAGGAACAAGGGUAUGUGCACGUUUUACCGCCGCCGCUUCACAUUACACAUUAAGCAUAGAUGCUAGUCACUUAAGAUUGAUAGUAUUACUACACUUAUACUUUUACCAGUACGUAUAUCUCGUAAGAAACUGCGAAAUACUUGAUGCAUCCUCUUUGUUUGCCACCGGUAUUGCGCCGCGCAGCAUCGGGGUACGGGGCUCUAGGAAAUCCAUCGCCACCCCUAACAAGCUGCUGCCCAAACAAGCUCAUUAAUCAUACACAAUCGUACACAAAAACAUACGCCCAAGCAGGCCAAUGAGAAAGCCCGUUACGACAGCAAAAGCGCGUGUUUCCAAUCGGAACUAGCUGUAAACGCGUUUCGAUUUUUUUUUUGUAAUGAAUUAAUUUUUAAAUAAAUCAACAUUUAAAUCGCACAACAUCAA